GUUCUCUUCCUCUACGAGUCUACCACCGAGGCCAUGUCAUUCCUCCGACUUGCUAUUCGUACCCCCGCACGCCCUCGUUUGGCUUUUGCUAUUGCCUCGGCGCCGCGUAUUCAAAGCCGUGUUCCUCCUCGCGCUCACUUCGCCGCCGCAGCGGGCCUCUCAAAGGAUGAAAUUCAAACGCGAGUGCUCGACGUUCUGAAGGGUAUCGAGAAAGUGGACCCCGCGAAGUUGACCGCUUCUUCGUCAUUUGCCAACGACCUCGGCCUCGACAGUCUCGAUGCGGUUGAGGUGGUAAUGGCAGUGGAAGAGGCAUGUUACUCCAGCCCAUUCCUCGAGUUCUCCAUCGAGAUUCCCGACGAGGAGGCCGACGAAAUUCUAACUGUUCAGCAAGCUAUUGAUUACGUCGCGAAGACGCCAGAAGCUCAUUAGCGUAGGCCAUAACGUAUAUUUCUUGGCGCUACAUCACAUAAUUAUCAUGCCUGAUCUCGAAUGGCUUUUCAUUCAUGCAAUAACCC